GCUCCGAGACGGUGCAUUCGCGGGGCAAUGAGGGAUGGCCGCCGGCAGCGAGAGAAGGGAACUGCCAGGUGAGGGGUGAGUAGGGAGCUUCCGCGGCGCUGCGGUCGCUGUCCGCGAUGGAGGCGGCGCCCUUAAAGUUGCUCCCGCCCGAACCCGGUGACGAGGGCACGCAGAGGUGCAGGCUGGGCCCUGCCGCCCUCUCCUUCCUGGGUGCUCCGCUCGGGGCUCCGCUGAGGAUCUCCCUGCCCGGCGGGAGCUGUUUGUGCACGGCCUGGCCCAGGGCGGACCUGGCGGACGGUUACCUGCAGGUUGACCUGGCUUCCAGGACCGCGGGGGUGGCGGUGGAGGCUCUGAGAGGCCUGACGCUGAGCCUUGGCCGGCUGCAGCUGCUGCCCUGUUGCCGCCUGAAGAAGGCGACCGUGACCGUGGUCCUGAAGAGCUCAGCGCUGCGAAAGUCCAUGCCCCGAGCAGUGCUUCAGGAGACGAUCAGGGACCUGUUAAGAAAUGUUUAUGUUUCCCAACAUUAUGUUGUUACUGUCGCCCCAAAUUUUGAAACUCCCGUGGCGCACAUUGAAAUGCGCUCUGUAGACCCUGUGACAGAGGAAGCUGGACUGAUAACCCCCCAAACAAGUGUAAAAAUUAAAGAGGUGGUCACUCUAGAAAGGUACAAGCACUUAUCAGAGAACACAGGAAAAAUUUCAGUUGCAGGACUGGAUGAUGUGGGAAGGACUUUGAAAGAAAUGAUUGAUCUGCCCUUCCGUUUUCCAAAAACUUUUAAGAAGCUGGGACUUUCUGUCCCUAAUGGGGUGCUACUAACAGGCCCUCCAGGUGUGGGGAAAACUCUUAUGGUAAAGGCAGUAGCAAAAGAAGUGGGUGCAUACCUGCUUUGCAUCAGUGGCCCAGCCCUGUAUGGUUCCAGGCCAGGAGAAAGUGAAGAGAAUUUGCGAAGAGUCUUUGAAAAGGGCAGAGAAAUGUCCCAUGAAGGCCCAACUAUUCUCUUUAUUGAUGAGAUUGACUCCUUAUGCCCAAAGCGAGGAAGUUCAAACAAUGCUCCUGAAGAUCGUAUUGUUGCUCAGCUGCUAACACUACUGGAUGGUGUAGAUAGUGAAGGCAAAAUGGUCCUCAUGGCAGCAACAAACAGGCCGGAUGCCUUAGACCCUGCACUGAGAAGACCUGGCAGAUUUGACAGAGAGGUUAUUAUUGGGACACCAACACUUACUCAGAGAAGAUCAAUCCUGCAGUUGCUUACAUCUAGUAUGCCAAUUUCUACAAACAUUGAUCUGAUUAAACUGGCUGAAAUUACAACUGGGUAUGUUGGAGCUGACCUUACAGCACUCUGCAGAGAAGCUGCUAUGCAGGCUUUGUUCCACAGUUCUUUGGAUUCAACUGAAACGGUGAUUAACAUGGCAAGUUUCCAAGAAGCCUUUAAAAAAAUUCAACCAUCCUCUUUUCGAAGUGUAAUUGGACUAAAAGAGUGUAACCCAGUCACUUGGGAGCAAAUAGGUGGUCUUGAAGAUGUAAAACUGAAGUUAAAACAGUGCAUUGAGUGGCCUAUGAAAUUUCCUCAGGCGUUUGCUAGGAUGGGUCUGUCUCAUCCAAAGGGAAUUCUUCUCUAUGGGCCAUCAGGGUGUGCCAAAACCACACUGGUGAGGGCUGUGGCCACAAGUUGUCACUGUUCUUUUCUUUCUGUAAGUGGUGCUGACCUUUUCUCACCCUACGUUGGAGAUUCAGAGAAGAUUUUGUCUCAGGUUUUUCGCCAAGCAAGAGCAAGCGCUCCGGCAAUAAUAUUCCUAGAUGAGAUUGAUUCUAUCUUAGGGUCUCGGUCACACCGUAAAACUGGCCAUGGUGUCUCAGAACGAGUUCUUUCUGUUCUUCUUAAUGAGUUGGAUGGCAUUGGACUGAAAGUCACAGAAAGAAGAGGAAAUAAAGUAUAUGUUGAGGGCCAAUGUCAAGAAUUAAGUGACAAGGAAAGACAGCUAGAGUUUCAGGAAACUUUGAACAAAGAUUUUAUGGUAGUUGCUGCAACAAAUAGACCAGAUAUGUUGGAUGAUGCUUUACUGCGUCCUGGAAGGCUAGACAGGGUGAUCUAUAUUCCACCUCCGGAUCUGAAGGGAAGGCUUUCCAUUUUGAAAAUUUGCACAGAAAAAAUUCCAUUAGAUUCUGAUGUGUCACUGCAAAACUUAGCAGUCCUAACAGACCGCUUCUCUGGAUCUGAUAUUGAAAAUCUAUGCAAAGAGGCUGCUUUGUUGGCAUUGCAAGAGAAUGGACUUGAAGCAACUACUGUAAAACAUGAGCAUUUUGUAAAAUCACAGAGGACUGUAAAACCAUCUUUAAGCACAAAAGACUUGGAAUUUUAUGAAAAAUUUUAUAAUCAAGAAUUAACGUCUUGAAUCAAAAAGGAAUGAUGUGGCAUAAGUAUUUUUAAAUAUAUCACUAAGACUGAGAUUUGAAGUGUUUUGUAUCUUUCCAGCUUUUUCAUACUGUACUUACUGUAGUUUUCAAGCUGUAUGAAAUACAGAAAAAUUUCACUGGUGAAAAAUGUGUAAUGUCAGUAAUGAAUAAACUGAAAUGAUGGUUGCUUGG